ACCACCACCACCACCACCACCCCGCCGCUGCCGCGAUGCCCGCGCCAACCGCCGAGCCUGCUCUCCCGGCCGCCUUCCUCUGCGUCCCCUCCCCGCUCCUCUCCCCGCCCCUCGCCACCGUCUCGGCCUCCCCCGGGCCCUCCUCCCACCAUGCCUCCCUCCUCUCGCGCCCGCGCGGCGGGCCCCGCGCGCUCUCCGUCGCCAUGUCCGUUCCGGGCCCUGCCUCCACCGCCGCCGGCCGGCUCCACCGGAUGUGGGGCGAGUUCGCGCGGUUCGUGCGGCUGCACGGGAACCAAAUCGCGCCGCUCGGGUUCGCGUCCCUCGGGCUGGGUUUGGGGGGCGGAGGCGGCGGGGGUAGCACCGGCGGGGGAGGCGGGGGAGGGGGCGGUGGGGAUGUGGACGCAGUGGCCGAGGAGGAGGCCGCGGCGCGGGCCGAGGCGCCGAAGAAGGUGCUGAUCCUGAUGAGCGAUACGGGCGGCGGGCACCGCGCGUCCGCCGAGGCCAUCAAGGCGGCCUUCAGCCAGGAAUUCGGCGAAGACUACCAGGUAUUUGUCACAGAUUUAUGGACCGACCACACGCCAUGGCCAUUCAACCAACUUCCCAGGAGCUACAGCUUCUUGGUGAAACAUGGACCCUUGUGGAAAAUGACUUACUAUGGUACCGCACCGCGUGUAGUCCAUCAGCCACAUUUUGCUGCAACAUCCACAUUCAUAGCAAGAGAGGUUGCAAAAGGUCUAAUGAAGUACCAACCAGAUGUAAUUAUCAGUGUACAUCCUUUAAUGCAACAUGUGCCCCUUCGAAUUCUAAGGUCCAAAGGCCUAUUGGAUAAGAUCCCAUUCACUACUGUUAUCACAGAUCUCAGCACUUGUCACCCAACAUGGUUCCACAAGCUGGUCACUAGAUGUUACUGCCCAUCAACUGAGGUGGAAAAGAGAGCACUCAAAGCUGGACUGAAGCCCUCGCAGAUUAAAGUGUACGGCCUCCCUGUCCGGCCAUCUUUUGUCAAACCUGUUCGACCAAAGGAUGAACUGCGAAGAGAGUUAGGCAUGGAUGAAGAUCUUCCUGCUGUUCUAUUAAUGGGUGGGGGUGAAGGGAUGGGUCCUAUUGAGGCCACUGCUAAAGCGCUUGGUGAUACUCUGUAUGAUGAAAAUCUAGGGGAACCCAUUGGUCAGAUACUUGUAAUCUGUGGACGUAAUAAGAAGCUGACUAAUCGACUGCAGUCGGUAAAUUGGAAAGUCCCAGUUCAGGUGAAGGGUUUUGUUACAAAGAUGGAAGAAUGUAUGGGUGCUUGUGAUUGUAUCAUUACGAAGGCAGGGCCUGGUACAAUCGCAGAGGCAAUGAUCCGUGGCUUGCCCAUUAUUCUGAAUGGUUAUAUUGCUGGGCAGGAAGCUGGCAAUGUUCCCUACGUUGUUGAAAAUGGAUGUGGGAAAUUCUCGAAAUCUCCAAAACAGAUAGCAAAGAUAGUGGCUGACUGGUUUGGCCCAAGGUCAGACGAGCUGAAAGUUAUGUCCCAGAAUGCCCUCAAACUAGCACGACCAGAUGCUGUGUUUAAAAUUGUUCACGAUCUGCACGAGUUGGUCAGGCAAAAAUGUUUUGUACCCCAAUAUGCAUGUGCAACAUAAAGGCCGUAUCCUUCAUUUUGAGUUUACUUAGUUUUUUUCUUUUCAUGCGGCACUAGUUGUAGUUAAUUGUGAGGAUUGAAAGUAUCAAUUGAUUUCAAAUGUCUCCAUGUGAGCAAUGAAAAUGUAUCAGCGCUAGGGUGUAAUACGAUUUCAAAUGUUUCCUGAAUAUUGUUACUAUCUUGGCACUGUUGAGCAGUGCUGCUAGGGUGUAAUACGAUUCUAAAUCAGCGUUAACUCAGCUGGACACA